AGCAACCAUCGACCGCAGCGCUAGUGUCUCCUCCAGUUGUUAUUAUUAUUAAUUGGAGCGAUACUAAGAGUUAAGUGGAGCCAUAAGCCCGCACAGGGGUAGUGGCGCCUGGAGUUGCAGAUAUGAGGGUGGUGGUGACCGUCUGGGUGGUGGUGAUGGCGGUAUGCACGGGAUCAAAGGUUAAAUUGGUCAACAAUGGCUAUGACGGCAUCGUGAUUGGCAUCUCGUCUCAGAUCGACCAGAGUCAAGGACCUGCCAUCAUUGCUGCUCUAAAGGAUAUGGUAAAGGAAGGUUCAGAGCAUUUGUUUAGAGCGACGCGGAGGAGAGCCUUCUUCAGACACGUUAAACUCCUCAUACCACAAUCCUGGAACAACACCGACUAUGACCAUCCGGCCACCGUACAAACAUAUCAGGAGAGCGAGAUUCGUGUAGAUUUACAACAUCAUCCCUAUUACAACCAGCCAUACACGAAGCAGCCGGGAAAAUGUGGAAGUCCUGGCCUGCAUAUUCACCUCACCCCAGACUACCUUACUGAGGAGAAGUAUCAGUCGUGGUGGGGUAAACCAGGUAAAUCCUUGGUGCCACUAUGGGCGAAACUACGGUGGGGAGUGUUUGAUGAAUUAGGCUACCCUAACGAUCCGAUAUAUCCUUCAUUCUACUACCUGGCAAACGAAGAAAAGUUUGGCGAUAAAAAUUUGUCCUACGCUCCGUCUUACUGUGCCAACGCUGAAAUAACAGGGUUUAUGAGGAAAAAAAACACCAUCAAAGGAGUAGGAAAAUGGGAGUGUGUUAAAGGGAAGGACAACCUGCCUGAACAGGACUGCAGGUUCUUUGCCGACAAGGUACAGGCAGCCAAUUCUUCUCUUCUGUCGUACCCCUUCAUCUCAAGUGACAGUGUUGUAGAGUUCUGCGACGAGACGACCCAUCUUCGUAAUGUCCCCAACAAACAAAACGUCAUGUGUCGUGGUCAGUCUGUAUGGAAAGUGAUGCUGCAACACGACGACUUCAAGAAUGCGAACCCAGCCCGCGAUGCCCCGCCAGAAGACCCGGUGAUCACUGUGAUAAAGGGAGUGUACCCGAGUUAUGCCGUCGUCAUGGACUAUUCAAACAGCAUGAGAUCAAAAAACCGUAUUGGGACCCUGCAGAGGAGUGUCAGGAGAUGGUUACUCUACACGGUGCCUACCAACAGCUUUGUGUCAUUGAUAAGAUUCUCGAGCGGGCCGGCCAUAUUGUUGACUCCUCUCACCAAGAUCACAGACAUGCAGUCGAGAAGGAACCUCGCAUCCAAAAUUGACAAAAACAUUAGUGGCGGUACCAGCAUCAUCAGUGGCCUUCAGAAAGCUAAGGAGGUGUUGAAUGGUACGGAAGGUAAUAAGAAUAUUUUCCUCAUUACUGACGGAGAAGAUGACUAUGAUGACCCCGAGAGCUUCAUUGACGAUCUGCUUCAGGCGAACAUUUGCGUCAUGACAGUCGCUUUGGGGAAGGAAGCCGACUCGAGGCUGGAGUCUCUUUCUGACAAAACGGGCUGUAAGUCUUACGUCGUCAAUGACAACGACCAGACCAGGAUGAUGAACAGUGCCUUUGAGGCCACACUCGUCCGUAUGCCUGUUAGUGCUGCCUACUCUCUUAACACUAAGUUCUACGAGUCUUCCAAAUAUAAGACCACAAACCUUACAGUAGGAAAUUCUUUCAAAGUGGAUAAAACUAUUGGGAGGAACAUGGUCUUUCACCUGGAGACAGACAAAAUAGAUCACGUCAUUGGGACACCCAGUUUAAUAGACCCUCAGGGCAACGUCAUUUAUGCAAAGGAUGCUGAAGGCCUCACCAUGACAUGGACCAUCACUGUUCUCCUUGCUGAGGUUGGAGAAUGGAGAUGGGAAGUUCAACUGGACGGAGACAAAUCACACUGGGUGCAGGCGUUUGUCACCAGUCAUUUGCGGGAUUCCUCAACACAACCUAUCACAGUGACUCCUUGGACAAGCGCACCGAUAACUGGAGUUAAUGCUGCUGCAACGAAUGUAAUUCUCUUUGCCGAAGUCACCCAUGGCAGUAACCCCAUCGUUGGAGCUCAAGUUAGGGGCACAAUCGAUCACCCUGAUGAUGGUCACGCUGCGCCCAACGUUUAUAUUCUCAAAGAUGACGGAAAAUUUGCAGACUCUGUGAAGAAUGACGGUAUCUACAGUGCCUACAUGACCAAUUUCUCUGUCACAUCUCGCUAUGGCUACAGAGCUGAAGUGGUGAAGAACGAAGCUUUCCAGAGUGGCAACACAAUGGAACAACAGCACCCACUUAACCCAGAAGAUUACCUCGACUGGUCUUGUGCAACUUGCAUGCCCACAAGCUCUCCGAACCCCACCGUCACUAACUUCACCAGAGAAGGAAGCGCGGGGUCCUUCAAGGUAAAGAGAGUGCCGCGAGAGGGGGCAGAUAUCUUGCCACCAGCGAGGGUAAUGGACUUGCAGGUGGAGUCUACGAUCCGGAACAAUAAAGGUACCUCCAUCAAGCUUACCUGGACUGCACCUGGAGAUGACAUGGACCAAGGGACAGUGUCCAAUUACCAGUUUCAAAUGAGCACAAACAGAGAGGAUCUUUCAGAGGCUCACUUCGACCCAGCUUCACCAGAAACACUUCUUCCUGUUUUCAUACAAGACCUUGAAGAUGCCAAUGUCCUAAUUGAGAGUGGUAAUAACGUCACCUUCAAUAUAAUGUCCAACAAACAGCUUGAGUUUGAGCAAGUAUAUUUUGUGGGGUUACGAGCAGUGGACGACUCCGACAACGAAAGUGAAGUGUCCAACAUUGUCCAGUUCACCUUUGAGCAGAAACUGCCCUUUUCUCAGUCGAAUCUGAAAGUGAUCCAACAUUUGAGAGAUGCCAUUCAACGUAAUCAACACAAAUGAGACACCAUGCUUAAGUUGUAGAGGAAGAAGCAUUAGUUGUCCAGAAGAAAAUCUGUGUAUGGAGGGGUGUUAAAGUGAAGACGUGUUGUGGGUCGGCAGAAUCAACAUGGCGGAAUGUGUGCCUUGUGUAGGUUAUUGCUAUGAAAUGUAAUUGUUAAUAAAAGAUUUUGGGGUGUGCCCAAUUAAAAAAAAAAACUAAUAUAACUGUUCAAUAAAUACAGUAACAGCUAAGAAGAGUCAUAAUUCAUCCCUCCACUUACUGAGUCUAUUUGAUUGAAAAGAAGUAAGUGAAAAUACCCAUUGAGUGAUCAAUAACCAAGUGAAUAUUAAGUAUGAACCUGACUGUAUAAAUACUGUAUCAUAAAUGUUUUCAAGAUAUGUAGUCAGAAGGACCUAUUCCUUCAUAAACGGCUCCCUCCCUACCUACCCUCUAGCAUAUCUCGGGGACCAGACGGGGUGACAGUACUCCAAAUGGGGAAGCAUUUCACUCUUGAAGAUUGUUACGAAGGACGGACUUUCUAGAUAUCCGAAGGACCUUCUUAUAAGACCUACUAGAUUAGCUGCUUGAUUCACCUUCUCACAAUGGCCCAAGAACUUCAGUUUAUUGUUAAAACACACACACACACACACACACACACACACACACAGGUCCUUUUCACAUUAAGUCUGUAUUAAUGCAGGGUGAUGAUGCUAACCUGUGUAACCUGUCACUUUAUACACACCUCCUACUAGAUGUAAUCUCAGUGUACCAAGAUUCGUGUUCAUUCGUGCUCUAUUGCCAGGAUAUUAUCAUUUAAAAAUCACUUAGCUGUCCUGCUGGUAUUGACCUCGUUAGCACCCUCAUUCUACCAGUGUUGCGGUCUAGGAAAUUUUAUUCCUCCGUUAUAUUUUUCUUUCUUUCCCCAGUUUUCCUCCACGGGUUGUAGUAUCAGUACGUUCUCCUUUAUAGUACUCCUCGCCACACUAGAUCUUCUUAUCAAUGGUGGAUCAUAUGCACAAACACAGUUCUUUAGAGACCUUGCAUAUAAUUAAAGUAAAAACAGUUAUAAUGUGCGGGCUACUUAACGAGUACACUAGGGCAUGAACAGUUUCAGGAGGUUCAGAAGUUUUAUCAUGAAACAUUUUGUAUUUCAUAAUGUUAGUGUUAUGUUAUUUGUCUUAUUAGAAAACUCUCCUUACCGGUUAUAAUGAUUAUUGAAUGUAAAUAAACCAGUCAUCCUUA